ACUGACGUCCGUAUUAUUGGCAAGCUUUUAUUUUGAAGGUGGCUUUCGCCUGAGUAGGCGGCCUAUUACCGUAAUUUUUUUUCCCAGUCAGAAGUAGUGUAUCACUGGGCUGGAGUCGGUGGCCUGUCGCUUUAAAUAGUUCUGCCCUAAAGGAUCACGGGUAAUAUAGCUCCUUUCCCUUCUCGCUCUGCGGGAGGAGGCACAAUCGCGCUUCAGCAAAUCUUCCUGAAUUUGGACCGAAUGUUGUGAAUCGUCGACGCCGGGACGCCCCUGAUCACGACUUUAGUGGACGAAGAGGAAUUCGUGCAAUCUUCGUGUCCGGUUGGAGUCGUCUCGUGCACGUUGAAGCUUCUCGACCUAGCUUUGUUUAGCUUAGCUUAGCUUGCUAGCAAAGAGACACGUUUGUGAUCAAAACUUCGCUAAGCAGAGAUCAAGCGGGAGAGCGGAAAAGCGGUGUGAUCGUCGUGUGAAAAUGUGUUCAAGAAGCACAGCGGAGUACGGGGAGGAACUCUGCGGCCCAAAAGAGGAGAAGGAGCCACGACGUCAACGACUGGACGUCGUGUUCAAUCGGCAGCCUCCAACUGUCCCACGCAGAGCAGACAUCACUGAAGAUCUUCGUACUGAGCGGCAGGAGCCAGAGCCCCCUCACAUUAAAGAGGAAGUGGAGGACAAAGCGGUCCACCACAUCAAAGAGGAGGAGGAGCCCAUUUCGAUUAAAAAAGAGGAGGAAGAAGCUCGGUCCCACAUCAAGCAGGAAGAGGAAGAUAUCACCAAGUUUCCAUCGACUGGUGUCCCUAUGAAGAGUGAAGAUGAAGGUCAAAGUGAGGAGAGCAGAGGGGCGGAGCCUCCAAGCAGCAGGUCAAGUCAACACAUGGCAACAGAAGGGGAUGGAGAGCGCUGUGGAGGAUCACAAGCAGACGGACUCUUAGCUCCGCUGUCAGAUAGUGACGACAUGACGUCGCACUCUCCUGACACUGAUGAUGAUGAUGAUAGACAGUCUGAAGGUGCUAUCACAUGUCACACUGCAAACAAACGAUGGAAAUGUUCUCAUUGUGGGAAAACAUUUGCUAAUAAGAGCAUUUUGAAACAACAUGUGAGGACACACACUGGAGAGAAACCUUUUUCCUGCCCAGUUUGUGGUCAGAGAUUCACUCAGAAGGGACACUUAAACAGGCACACAAGAACCCACACUGGAGAGAAACCCUUUUCCUGCUCAAUUUGUGGUCAAAGAUUCUCUGAAAAAGGAAAUUUUAAAAAACACACAAGAACCCACACUGGUGAGAAACCUUUUUCCUGCACAGUUUGUGGUCAAAGAUUCUCUGUAAACGGAAGUUUAACAAAACACACAAGAACCCACACUGGUGAGAAACCUUUUUCCUGCACAGUUUGUGGUAAAAGAUUCUCUGAAAAGGGAAAUUUAAUAAAACACACAAGAACCCACACUGGCAAGAAAACUUUUUCCUGCACAGUUUGUGCUCAAAGAUUCUCUGAAAAGGGAAGUUUAACAAAACACACAAGAACCCACGCUGGAGAGAAACCUUGUGCCUGCUCAGUUUGUGGUCAAAGAUUCUAUUUGAAGGGAAGUUUAAUAAAACACAAAAAAACCCACACUGGAGAGAAACCUUUUUCCUGCCCAGUUUGUGGUCAGAGAUUCUAUUUGAAGGGAAGUUUAAUAAAACACAAAAAAACCCACACUGGAGAGAAACUUUUUUCCUGCCCAGUUUGUGGUCAGAGAUUCACUCAGAAGGGACACUUAAACAGGCACACAAGAACCCACACUGGAGAGAAACCCUUUUCCUGCUCAAUUUGUGGUCAAAGAUUCUCUGAAAAAGGAAAUUUAAAAAAACACGCAAGAACCCACACUGGUGAGAAACCUUUUUCCUGCACAGUUUGUGGUCAAAGAUUCUCUGUAAACGGAAGUUUAACAAAACACACAAGAACCCACACUGGUGAGAAACCUUUUUCCUGCACAGUUUGUGGUAAAAGAUUCUCUGAAAAGGGAAAUUUAACAAAACACACAAGAACCCACGCUGGAGAGAAACCUUGUGCCUGCUCAUUUGUGGUCAAAGAUUCUAUUUGAGGGGAAGUUUAAUAAAACACACAAGAACACACACUGGAGAGAAACCUUGUGCCUGCUCAGUUUGUGGUCAAAGAUUCACUUGAAAAACUCCCCACUUGUCCGAUUUGGAGAUGAACGUUUCUCUUGGCUCAGUCAAUUAAAUAAGUGGCUCAAAGAAGUGUGUACUCCGUUGUCCGUGAGUUUCAUUGACAAUUUCUGAGCACAGACAUCUUUACAAGGCAGACUGUUUCAUCUAAAUAGACAAGGGGUUAGGUUAUUCGCUGCCAACAUUUUUUUACUGUGUACGUCAUUUACCGGCCCGAAAAGAAAACAGUGGCCAUUUUGACACGGCUGAAGGACAAAAGGAUGCAGUUGUUCCCGAGAGAUAAGGCGACAUGAGGCGCAGACGGAUUCAUCAGCGUCAUCCAAACUAUCGGAGGAUUCACACCACGAUCUUCCUCCCAUCCCCCCUCGCCUGAAACCGCCAUCCACUAAGAUGCGAAGGGCCCUUCCUCCCACCCAUGAAGAAUCUUAUCUGCAAAUCUGACUGAUAUCUGCGGGAUCUUUUCCAUAAUAAGUCAGACUCAAAAGGAGAUCAGGCAUUUUUUUUUUAUCCCUGUAAUUACAAGGGACAGAAAGUUGGUCAAAGAAAUAUGGCACAAAAAAUGUAGAACUACAAAUUUAGUGAGGAUAAAAUGUGAGUCUAUCAAACCACUGUCUCCAGUUAUCUCUGCGAGACUUGCUCUUUUCAGUAUCAGGUCACUGGGUAAUAAAUAAAUGAUGAUGAAUGACAUCAUUACAAACUAUAAUCUGGAUCAUCACCUGCCACCGUGCGGGACCUAGGUUCAAGACCCCGACCGGACCAUCCUCCAACAUCCCCCGGACUCACGGUGUCGAAUAGGGUGGUAUUGCUGUUAUUUUUGUCAUUAUUUCAGUGUAAAGAAAUUAUACUGGGUGAUUUUUAGCUCUUUUUUUAAGUUUUUGUUUUUAAGUUGAAGGUGACCCAAAGGUGAUUGUUUUAAUAAUUUAUGGACCUCCAAGAUACAAUGGAAAAUUUAUGGAGGAUUUUUCAAAACUGCUGUCAGUUAUUUGUCCUGACUCCAACUAUUUUGUCAUAACGGGAGACUUUAACAUUCAUGUUGACAAUAACAUAGGGAAAAAAAUCGAAAGAACUCCCUGCUAUACUAGACACACUUGACCUCUCUCAACAUAUUAAGUGUCAAGGUCACAUCUUAGAUCUGGUCAUCUCUAAGGAUGUUGAAAUUCUAUCAAUUGACAUAAAGGAUUUGGCUAUUUCUGACCAUUUUUGGGUAUUCUUUGAAUUCCAGAUUCUUCCAAAAGUUCAGACAACCUCUAUGUCUAUUCAGAAAAGGCACAUAAAUGUGAGCACCGCCACUAAGUUUAUGGAGACCGUUGCUGUGCCACAAACUGUCAAUGCUGAGACCGUUGAUGAUGAUCUUUUUGACAAUUUCACCUGGAAAAUCUCAAAUGUCAUGAAUGCUGUCGCUCCUAUUAAAACUAAGACAAUCUUGACAAUCUCCCUUUCAUAGCCAAGAUUGUUGAGAAAGUUAUUUUGAAUCAACUCAGCCAAUUCUUGAACUUAAAUGGACUUUAAUAAAUACCUGGAGUCACUCUCUUUAAAAAGCAACGACCAAGUCCGAAACCUUGGUGUUCUGAUAGAUUCCGACCUGAUUUUCAACAGUCAUAUCAAACCAAUUACUAAAACUGCCUCCUACCAUCUGAAGAACAUAUCCAGAGUGAAGGCUUGCAUGUGUCAAGCAGACCAGGAGAAGUUCAUCCAUGCUUUUAUCUCAAGUAGACUUGACUGUUGUAAUGGUCUUCUGACUGGAAUCCCUAAAAAGAGCAUUAAACAGCUGCAGCUCCUUCAUAAUGCUGCGGUUCGGGUUCUGACCAGAACAAAGCGGUCAGAGUAUAUUACUUCAGUUCUAAAGUAUUUACACUGGCUUCCAGUCAGCUUUAGAAAAGAUUUUAAAGUUCUGCUACUGGUCUAUAAAUCACUAAAUGGUCCUGAAUACAUGAAUGAAAUGCUAAUGGGAUAUUGUUAGAUAAAUUGUAGAAGUUAUCAUUUAUUUGCUUAGCUUGCAUUAGUAUAAUGGACAAUUUUAGAUGUCUCGCCUUCAAAAAGAAGACUCAGCAUCAUCCGAUGGAAGGGCGCCUGGACCAAGGACGUGAUCGGAUGUGGUCGGGUCGUGACAGGUGUUGGUUCAAUAUUAUGUGUUGUGUCUUAUUACUUAGAAUACUAUGUCUGGAAAAAACCCUCUUAUUAUCAAAUAUUUUGUGUUGUGUCUUAUUGCUUAGAACAUUAUGAUUUGUAAAUCCCUCCUAUUUCAAAUAAAAGCAGGAGCGAGGGGGGGGAUUGUUUAGAGCGUGUUGAGAGACUGUGAUCUGAACAAUCUCCCAUACGCCCUCCUCAUGAGAAAAAGAAACCAGCGUCUUCAUUCCUUUUGUGUCUAUUUUUUAUAAUGUUGGGUAAGAUAAAUCCAACAUUAAAUUGGUCCUUCGAGCCGGAUGUCAACACACCCGAGGAUUCCAGUUGUGGAGCCGACUUCCAGUUAAGAGACCGUGGCCACGGCAAGUAAGACCCUUUUACGGGACUGGUCUUCGUCCUCCUCAACUGGGAUCUGAAGGUUGACGACAAUCCACAGGAUUGAAGACGAGUGGUGAGUUAAAUUUUAAAAAAUUUUUUGGGGAAAAAAGGAUUAAAGAGUGAGUGAAUUGCGCGACGAAGAAGUCUGCGGCAGAACAAACCUUGUGUAAUACUAGUCACUGGCAAGUGAGAUGGAGGACGGAAUCCGAUAAAAUCCGUGGGGACGGCGGAGUCCUGUACGUACUUAAAUUCCGUAUUUCUGUAUUUCUGUAUUUCUGUGUUUCUGUGUUUCCGUGUUUUCGUGUGUUUAUAAAAACGUUAUUAAUAUCGUGUGUAUGUGUAAAAGUAUGAAUGUAUAAGACUGGAUUGUAAGUGACAACUGGGUUUGGAAGCAGAAGCAAGAAUCCUCCCCGUGUGGGUAGAAGCUUGAGAAUUACCAAAACUCAGACAUUUAUUGUCACCCUGUCAUUUUUGAAUAAAGUCAGUAUUUAGGUCACUCUAGGUGCAAAUGAACUGACUUCCAAAUUCACAAAAAUGGGAAUAAAUAACAGUAAACAGGAUCAAAAAAUAGACCUAACGUGUAAAGAUUGGAAAUAUGUUCAACUACAAAAAACACGUGGAUAACCAAAUACGGUUUCGCUGGCCAGCUAAAUUCGCAAAAAAUAGUUCAACUUCAAAACGAAAUAAAGUGUCGACACAAAAAUGAUAUAUCACAAAUACAAAAAGAUGGAUUUGACGACUUACUCUUCUGGUUAAACUGGACUAAUGAGGAUGUGAAAAAGGCCGUAGCCGGCAUCACACCUUAUCAACAACAGUUAAAAAAUGCUUUACAUGCGAAUUCGAAAGAACACAUUAACAGAUGGGUAGAUAAACAUUGGAUAAACCUAGCAACUGGCCCUCUGGAGGAAUAUGUUAAUCAUGCCCUCCACGCAGAAAGAGUGUUAGACAAAAAACAAAAAGAGAAGAUAGAUGUCUUCCUCGACGAAGAAACAGAAAUAUACUAUCAAGGCAGAGAGAGAGAUAAUUUUAGAGGGCACGGCAGAGACCGUGGGAGAGUAAGAUAUGGUAGAAAUCGAAAUUAUUAUGAUAAUACCAUCUGUUGGUGCUGUGGAAACAAAGGCCACAUUGCACGUGAAUGCCCUAAAAAAGAAAAAGAAAAGAGAAUACGGACAAACUACUGCAUGACUAGGCCAGCCUGCUUCCCAACUCAACAAAUCCUCUUGUGUAAACAUUACAGAGAAUGAGGAGGUGGAUUUCAAUUUACAGGACAUUCUGAGUUUGGACACUGAAAAACCUGAAAUAACCUUGUAGAAUGCCCAUUUUCGAAGUCCCGGAGUGCCCUGUGAAUUUGUUGGGAAGAGACGGCUUAUGCCAACUAGGACUUGUACUCAAACAUAAAUUAAAAAGAGAGGACCUCGAUGUAACACUGGAAAACAGAGAAAGUACAUUCUAUUACACAAUCGAUAUCCCAGACAAACCACAGUUAAACAUGGGGAAGGCCCUGUUGUCUGCAGCCUUGCAGCUUAUCACAAAAAUAAAAGAUAAAAAAGAAUGUGAUGAGCUGCAGUAAUACAGAGAGCAGCAUGCGUACCAAUCCCACGCACAUUGUUAAAUUCAUUAAAACCAGACGCUACUGUGUUUACAGUAGUAGACAUAAGUAAUGCAUUCUUUACAGUACCAAUAGAAAAUAACAGUCAAUUUUGGUUUGCAUUCACAUUUGAGAAAACAAAAAUAUAUAUAUAUACUUUUACUAGAUUACCGCAAGGUUACUGUGAAAGUCUAACUAAUUAUUCACAAGUUAUGACAACACGCAUGUCUUCUGGCAUCUACAGAUGGAGAGACAUGCAAGGAUUCAUUGACUUUACUGCAUCAUCUAACAGAAGAGGGACAUAAAGUUAACAAAAAAUAAAUUGCAAUGAUUUAAAAGACAAGUUAAAUAUCUAGGCCAUAAUUUAAGUAUAGGAGGAAAGACUAUAUUAGAAGACAGGAGAGCUAUAGUCUUAAAAAAUCCUAAACCACAGACGAAGAAACAUAUAAUAAUCAUUUUUAGGUCUGACAAAUUAUUGUAGAGCAUGGAUUCCAAACUAUGCAGAAAUUGUUGCACCAUUGUCAAAAUUAAUAUAUGAAAACAACCUUAAAAUGACAUCACCUGUUUAAUGGAGUACAGAGGCAGAAAAGGCCUUCUGUGACAUUAAACAACAUUUGGUCUCCAGUGCUGCGCUAGGCCUUCCAAAUUUAAUGAUAAAACAUUCAUUCAAAUGGUAGAUUGUAAAAGCUAUUGCAUGACCUCCGUACUUACACAACAAUACGGUGAUAAGCUAAGACCAAUAGCUUAUUUUUCAACUAGAGAGCAGUUCACCCUAAAGGUCCCACAUACAGUGUCUGCUCUCCUAUUGCAAAUCACCUGCAAGACAUUUAUCUUGCAUUGCCAUCUUGCUAUCAGAACCACAUUUGACUGUUGAGCGAUGCACAACCUUAAAUCCAGCCACACUAACACCCUUAAUGACGAAGGCACGCAGCAUGAUUGACAGGAAUUGGCUGAACAAGCUGCUGAAUUAGUAGCAUAAAUCGAGGCAUGCAAACUAAUGAUAAAUAAAGAUGGUACAAUCUAUACUGAUAGCCAAUAUGAGUAUUCCACAACAAGAACGCAAUUAUUGGGAAAAACAAAGUGCAAAACUACAAAAUGAAAUUUACAUUAGCACAGGAAAAAAAAAAAAAAAAAAAAAAAAAAAAACUAUUCAAAUGGGCUGCUAUAUUGAGACAUGCUGUGUCACGUCUCAACCGGAGGGAUGAUGGCACAGACACUUUACAGCCCUAAAAAAUAGCAGAAAGAAAUACGUGGGUUCAUUUAACACACUGUAAAAGAGUCAUUUCAGCUGAGUACUCAAAUAAGGAAGGUGAGCUAAAGUCUGAUAACGGAGCGGGAGCAGAUGUGUAGAUUCUGAAAACGCUUGCUGGUCAGUGAAGAAAAAAGACACCAACCCUUUUAGUGAGAACUCAGCAGAAUGGCACACCCACAUUGGUUACGACAUUUGAUAAGUGGAUACGUAGUAAUUUUGGCUACUAUGGUGUUGGUUUUGUUUUUGUGGUACAUGGGACGUCCCACCCUAAAUGAUAAAACCCAUUUUUAGAUAGAAAAUCACCUACCAACUGGACCAAUAUGACAAACCCAAUAAUAAAAAAAUUUGAAUCAUUAACUCGUGUCAAAAGGAGUACAGCUGAUGAUCAAAAUUGUCCGCAUGGCCUCCAAACGCGGCAAAAAGGUUUAAUAUUUUGUGCCCCCCAAAAUCAAGCUGCUUUAAUCAUAAUUCCAUAUGCGGCUUUCACCAAUGAUGCUCAAGAGAAUGGGCAGAAUUGGGGAUUUGGAUAUGACUGGUAUGCAAC